AUGAUUACAUUUUACUAAAAGAUAUUUCCUUCGAGAAAUAUUCUAUUUCAAUAGUUUAUAAACAGCAACAAAUCUAACUAAAUAUUUAAUUUAGCAACAAAACAUAAAAUUAAAUUCUAAAGUAUAAAUAAAAACAUAUUUACUUUUAGUAAAAUAAAUACUUCUACUUCUGCAACUCAACUCAUGUAAAAUCUUUUUGAAACUGUCAACUCUAUUGUAGUCAACAAGCUUAGCUUAGAUUCAAUAGAAUAUACUACUAAAUCCUCUGGUUUUUAAAUUGAAACUCUUAAGGAUGAUGAAUUUAUUGCUAAAGUUCUUUAUACACCCAUAAGUGAUUAUAGUAUUCACGAAAUAAAGGGUCAUUUCCCAACCACUAAAAUACCUUAUACACCAGGAUUCGAAGCAACUGGAGAGAUAGUAGCUGGAAAAAGCGAAUAAGUCAAGAGCCUUAUUGGAAAAAAGGUAAGUUUUAAAGUAAAUAUUGGAGCAUGGUAAAACUAUACUGUUGGUAGUUUAAAAUAAGCAAUAAUUUAUGAAGAUGGAGUUGAUUUAAAAAAAGCUAGCGCUGCUUGUUAUGUUAAUCCACUAACUGUUGUUGGCAUGCUUGAAUUAAUUAAAUAAAAUAAUCCUAGAGCAAUCAUUAAUACAGGGGCUGGGUCUUCAAUUGGCAGAAUGCUCUAUUAAGGGUGCAAAAAUUUAAAUAUAGAAGUUAUAAAUAUUGUAAGGAAUAAAUAAAAAGCUGAGGCAUUAAAAAAGGAACUUGGUGCAGAGCAUGUUUUAAGCACUGAAGAUGUUGAUAAUUUUAGAACAGAGUUAUAAAGCCUAGCAGCUAAGCUUUAAGCAACAAUUUGUUUUGAGUGUGUUGGAGGUCCUAUUACAGGUGUGAUUUUCAACGCUCUCCCUCCUAAUAGCACUCUUUACGUUUACGGUACUUUAAGUGGACAAGAUAUAUCAGGAGUUAAUGGAGUCUAAGUCAGAUGGGCUAACAAAAAAAUUGAAGGCUAUCUUGCCUACACAUGGUUUGGAAAAUUAAAUGAAGAUGAAAGAAACAGAGUUCAUUCAUUUAUUUCACAAAAUUUAAAUACUAUUUUUUCUGCAAACAUUUAAGGAGAAUAUCCUCUUACUUAAACUAAAGAAGCUAUUGAACAUUUCUCUAAGGAUAUGUCUGCUGGUAAGGUUAUUUUAAUUCCUUAAUGA